UUUGAGGAGAAAUAUGUUUCUUUUUGGUUAUUUUUAAAACCACAAUUUGUCCUGCAAGUGUACAAGUAACAUACAAAAAAUGCAAGCGUACUCAAUACCUCAGCUGGAAAAAGACACUGUAUUGCAAUUUCCACUUUUUUAAAUUUUUGAACGUUAAAAUACUCACUUUUUCAAAAGUAUAGCAACAUAACAUAAACAAUAUGCAUGUUAACAUGAUUUUAGUGUGAUAAAAUCAAGUACUAUCUUUUUCUGUGUGAAGUUAUAGCCACUUUUUCAAUCCGUUACCAUGACGAUGUCAACAAACAUUAAAAUGACUGUAAAAAAAAUGACAAUUUAAAUAACUUUGCAACUCAAAUAAUACAUGAGUUUUAACAGAUUUCAUGUAAUUGCUUUUAUAAAGUAAGCUUCAAAUUUCUGUCUUUAAACCCUCCAAAAUUGGCCACCAGUCACUUCCAUUGUAAGUGUCUCACUGUGACCUCGAUUUUUGCUUCUUUUUUUAUUUGUUUUUUUUUUUUUUUUCAAGCAAAGUUGGGCCGAUUUAAAAUGAUGGUGGUAUUCAAUAUUAUGCCACAAAUGGUGUCGGUUGAACCCGUAAUAUUUCUGUCGGGGUGAGUGUCGAGACAGUCUAACAUGCUGCAAUGUUUGACUGGUUUGCUGAGCUCUUGAACAGCCAAUGAAAGGCCAACAAAUCAUUUUGACGGAAGCGCGACACACUCCAAAUGGUCCAAUGACUUUAACCCACACCUAGAUUGACAUGCUCGUAAGCCAAUCGGAUUGUUCUUCAAUGACGUCGAAUCUCCUUUGUCAACCGUGGACGCCAUUUUAACCAGCGGAUUACAGAAGAAGAUUCCAAGAUUAGCGACGCACGUUUAUCUACAUUAGGCGAUCUGAAAAGGUUACAGACAUUUUCUGUGCAGAUAUUUAACAACAGGCAAGCCUCUGACGUCCAGAAAUGGCAACGGGAGCCAACGCAACCCCGCUGGGGAAGCUGCACCCGAGUAUUGGCGCUAAGCGAGGCUUCGACUCCGGGCCCGGCACGGGGCUUAUGGCUCCGCCAGUGCCUGCGAUGUCUUUCCCGCUGCAGACCUUCCAGCAACCGCAGUUAUUAAACCCAGGCUUCCCCCAGUUCCCUGGAGCCGUGAGUUCUGCGCUCUCAAACCCGGUUGGAGUAGGGAUGCAGGCACAGGCGGGGAGUGGAGAUUUCGGCCAGAAGAAGCGGAAAAGGAGCCGUUGGAGCAGCGAAACCCCCGAUCAGAAGACCGUUAUCCCGGGCAUGCCCACCGUGAUCCCUCCCGGGCUGACCUGCGACCAGGAGCGAGCUUACAUAGUCCAACUGCAGAUUGAAGACCUGACACGUAAACUGCGUACAGGAGACCUGGGAAUCCCUGUUAACCCUGAGGACAGGUCUCCAUCUCCAGAGCCCAUCUACAACAGUGAGGGGAAGAGGCUUAACACGCGUGAAUACCGCACACGCAAGAAAAUAGAGGAAGAGAGACAUUCUCUAAUUACUGAGAUGGUGGGACUCAACCCUGAAUUCAAACCCCCUGCUGACUACAAACCCCCAGCUACUCGGGUCAGUGAUAAAGUGAUGAUUCCUCAGGACGAAUAUCCGGAGAUUAAUUUUGUUGGACUGCUGAUCGGGCCUCGUGGUAACACUCUGAAGAACAUCGAGAAGGAGUGCUGUGCGAAGAUUAUGAUCCGUGGCAAAGGCUCAGUGAAGGAAGGGAAGGUGGGUCGUAAGGAUGGACAGAUGCUGCCUGGUGAGGAUGAACCUCUUCAUGCCCUGGUCACUGCUAACACAAUGGAGAAUGUCAAGAAGGCUGUAGAGCAGAUACGUAACAUCCUCAAGCAGGGCAUUGAGACUCCUGAGGACCAGAAUGACCUGAGAAAAAUGCAGCUGAGGGAGCUGGCACGACUCAAUGGCACUCUAAGAGAGGAUGACAACAGGAUCUUGCGUCCAUGGCAGAGCACAGAGCCUCGCAGCAUCACAAACACAACUGUGUGCACAAAGUGUGGUGGAGCUGGUCACAUUUCUUCAGACUGCAAAUUCACCAGUUCUUUUGCUCCUCGGGCAGGCGAGCCACCCCAGUCUGCCCAGGAUAAGGCCCGAAUGGAUAAAGAGUACCUGUCCCUCAUGGCUGAGCUUGGAGAGGCCCCAGUCCCAGCCUCUGGUGGGGGCCACAGCAACCCUCCCCACAGUGGACCACGUCCAGCAGGACCAACCAACAACCAGCCACCACCAAAUCGUCCACCUUGGAUGAAUUCAGGCCCUGCUGAUAACAGGAAUUUCCAUGGCAUGCAUGGGGGUCCUGGUGGCCCUCAUAACUUUCCUCCACCAAUGCCGAACAUGGGUGGCCCUCCCAUGCCUCCAAACCCCAACGGAAUGCCUCCCCCCUGGAUGCAGCCUCCCCCUCCUCCAAUGGGCCAAGGCCCAGCACCACCUGGACACCCUAUUGGUUUAUUGCCCCCACCCAUGGGGAUGAUGCCCCCACCUCCCCCUCCCCCCAACAACCAGCCACCACCUCCACCCUCAGGGCCUCUGCCACCAUGGCAACAGCAGGCUCCUCCCCCACCACCCACCAGCAGCAUGGCAACCAGUGCUCCUCUACCAUGGCAACAGAAUACAACCACAACAUCUACCCCUGGUACUGGAAACCUGCCGCCCUGGCAGCAGCCUCAACCGACGGCCACCUCUGCCACUCAGGCCCCUCCACCCAUGGGUGGCUCUAUGGUUCCCCCUCCACCUGGGGUCCAGCCCCCACUUCCGCCUGGUGCACCACCACCUCCACCACCCCCUCCACCUGGCUCAGCAGGCAUGAUGUACGCACCCCCUCCCCCACCCCCACCCAUGGACCCGAACUUUGUAACCAUGAUGGGGAUUCCUGGAAUGCCGCCUUACGGGAUGCCCCCAGCACCUCCACCUCCUCCACCCCAGAGUUAAAGCCUCGGUGUAGUCUUUAUGGCCCUGUGACCGUGCAGUGAUGCCUAAAAUAUAUAUACACAUACACCACAGGACUAUACCUGGUUCUGUUCAUUUAACAGCUUGAUGUGUUUAGUUGCUAAAAGCUUUUUUUUUUUUGUUUUCUCAUAUUGGCCUUGGUUCACUUUUUUUUUUUUUUUUGUUCCUCGUGUUUGGACAAAUAAAUCAACCCAGAGGCAGAGAGAGAUGGUGUGGUUGGAAUUUGUAAAUUUGCUUAAAUUGUUAAUGAUUUUAAACUAGUUUUUGAUGCAUUGGUAGAAUAUUUGUUCAUGCUGUUAAAAUGUUGAUGUGCAGGAAAUGUGCAUUGGUUUGUUUUUUUUUUUGUGUGUUUUCUGCCAGCCUACUUUUCCAUGUUUUCUUUACUGUCCCUCUUCAGUGAGAAAAAAAAAAAAACAUAAAUCUGCAAUUGAUUCAAUUAGCAACAUUCCAACAGAUGGAAAUUACCAUUCUUACAUUCUUAAUCAACAGUGCAUUUGUUGCUGCCUAAAAUAAUUUUUUGUUUAAAAUUUGAAUAGACGAUUAGCUUAGUGUUGGAUGGUCAUUGUGAAUGCGACUUUUUAAUUUUUUUUUUAUUCACUGUACCCCCCACAGAUUUAAUUAUGAACUUUACAAUUUAUUUACAAUUAUUGCCUUCCAUCAAAUGUAUUUCAGUAUUUUUGUAAUUAAACAGUAAAUAAAAGUUGGCAUGGCGUCAGGUUGA